AUGCUGAAAUAUUUGCACGGUAUAUCAUUUCGCUCCUUUGCUACGCGUACUGGCUAUUUCUUCCUUGGCGUCGCUGCUGAUUCUUAUUAUCACCGUAACCAGCGAGAAAUUCCCCUUCGUAUUACAGGUAGAUAUCCUGUCACUACUAGCGACAAGAUGGCGGUUCAUAAUCAGGCCAAGACUCCUUUUCAGACCUUAUUCGCUGUGCCGAUGACCUGUGACGGCUGUGUCAAAGAUGUUUCGGAUGCGCUAUAUAAACUCGGAGGUAUCACUAAGGUCGAAGCCGACCUAGAGAAGCAGCUUGUAGCAGUAGAAGGGACCGCUGCUCCGUCCGCAAUCGUUAGCGCUAUUGAAGCUACAGGCCGGGAUGCUAUUCUAAGAGGGUCAGGUGCUUCGAAUAGCGCAGCUGUGUGCAUCCUCGAGACGUAUCACCGCAAUGAGAAGGGUGGUGAUGCAUUGGUGCCUGCUUCUGCUCCAGAGGCAGAUACGGAAGGAUCUGGAGUAAAUGACAGGGAAGUCAGAGGCUUGGCCCGCAUGGUCCAAGUCUCUCCUACAAUAACCUUGGUGGAUUUGACUGUUCGUGGAGUUAAGCCUGGUACAUACUCGGCCAGCAUAAGGGAAUACGGCGACCUCAAGCUUGGUGCUACGUCUACGGGUCCGGUAUGGGCAGGCGGAAGUGGCACAACGCAGCCCCGGGGGAUCUUGGGUACUGUGCAGGUCGGAAAGGAUGGCCGGGGCGCAGUAUUCUUUGACCAUCCCUUCCAGGUUUGGGAAGUCAUUGGACACGCGAUGGUUGUUUCUAGUCAGCAAGAAGGGGUCACGGAAGCGAAUCUGAGCAAUGAUGAGAAUACUGUCGUUGGUGUUAUUGCGAGGAGUGCCGGCAUGUGGGACAAUGAUAAGACGGUAUGCUCGUGUACUGGCAAGACGCUCUGGGAGGAAAGAAAGGACGAGGUAAAGAAAGGUAUGAUCUAAGACUUGAGAACCGGUUCGGUAUAGGUUUUAGAUCCAGCAACGUGUAUUAGAGUAAGGAUUAUUCGUAAAGACUAUUGGUAUCCAAUAAACACCGUUGAUACAUAGAAAGCAUCCAACCCUGGAAGCUCAAUUGGGAUUUAGUCUCGUCGACAUUGACGGUGUCUAUGUAUACAUGAUCCCCCUGCUCGUCCCUUAUGCAGGGACAUUCAGGGUCCAAGUCUUCCAAAUUUAUUCAAACGGCAAAGAAAUA